GCUUUUACUGGCUUUCCUUUCUCUCUCCCUCCAAAAACACCAAACAUGGGGCCCCACAAAUUCCAACCCCACAAAACGACAAAUUUCAAAUAUGCCGCCGUCUUCGCCGUCGCCGGCGACAAGUAUCCUCCCCGGACCGCCGAGCCGGAGCAAUUGCUCCGCCACAGAUCUCAGUCCGUCCGGUCUCCUCGCUUUUGCCGCCGGCUCCUCUGUCUCCGUCGUCGACUCUCGCUCUCUCCAGCUCAUCUCCACCGUGCCUCUCCCUUCCCCUUCCUCUGCCGCCAUUCCUUUCCCUUCCACUAUCACAUCCGUUCGCUGGUCUCCGGUCACUUUCCGGCGAGAUAUCGGUUCCUCCUCCGGUCUUUUCCUUGCUGUCGGCGAUCGUCUCGGCCGCAUCGCCCUCGUCGAUUUCCGCCUCCGAUCCGUCCUCCUAUGGCUCGAGAAACAUGGUCAUAACACCACCGAGAAGCUCCGCCGCGGCGGAGUUCAGGACCUCUGUUGGGUGUUGGCUCGGCCUGAUACUUACGUCCUCGCCGCAAUUUCAGGUCCCUCUUCUAUCUCGUUGUACACCGAUUCUGGUAACGUCUUCUGGAAAUACGACGCUUCUCCUGAGUUCAUGUCAUGUAUACGUCGCGAUCCCUUCGAUUCUCGCCAUUUCUGCGUCGUGGGUCUCAAGGGGUUUCUCCUCUCCGUGAAAGUUCUCGGAAACACAGAGAAUGAAGUCGCAUUGAAGGAAUUUCAGAUGCGAAUCGAUUGCGCGGAAUUUCAGAAAUUGGAGCGUGAAAUCGCCGUCAGUAGCAGUAACUCGUCUCCUCCUUCGUCAUCCUCUCCGGCAUCCGCAGUUUUUCCGUUCUACGGUGUUCGCUUCGCUUUCUCUCCACAUUGGAAACACAUCUUGUUCGUUUCUUUUCCCAGAGAGCUUGUCGUGUAUGAUUUACAGUACGAAACUGCACUCUACGAAGCAGCAUUGCCUCGUGGGUUCGCCAAGUUUGUAGAUGUUUUGCCUGACCCAAAUCAGGAGUUGCUCUACUGUGUUCAUCUCGAUGGUAGACUCAGCAUUUGGCGAAGGAAAGAAGGAGAACAGGUCCAUGUGUUGUGUGGAAUUGAGGAAUUGAUGCCUCCGAUUGGUAAUUCUGUACCGUCGCCAUGCCUACUCGUUGUUUUGAUCUCGCAAUUGGACUCAACCCUCCAAAACGUCAGGAAGAUAUACUCGAACGCUCUUUCCAAUGAUUUGGAAUUUGAUACUCCUUUUGAUUUCAACCAUGAUGCUUUGCUUGUUUCAAAGACUAGUUUGAUAUCUCUGUCUGAUGAUGGCAAAAUAUGGAGUUGGAUCUUGACUGUCAAAAGAGCUGGGGAUGCUAAUCACGAGACUAGUGAAAGGCAGCUAGAGAGCUCCAUGAAUGAUAAUCAAAAUCCUCAAUCCGAUACAUCAUUUGAGAUAUGCUUAGUUGGACAACUUCAGCUUCUUUCUUCCACAGUGACUAUUCUUGCUGUGCCAUCCCCGUCAAUGACGGCAACAUUGGCUCGUGGAGGAAAUACGCCCGCUGUAGUUGUUCCUCUCAUAGCUUUAGGAACUGAAGGUGGGACAAUAGAUGUUGUUGAUGUGUCCGCAAAUGCCGUUGCAGCAAGUUUUUCUGCUCAUUCGAGUAGUGUCAGGGGGUUAAAAUGGCUUGGAAAUUCUAGACUCGUUUCGUUUUCUUAUAGCCGGGUAAGCGAGCGGACAGGUGGAUACAAUAAUAAGCUCUUUGUUACUUGUCUUAGGAGUGGAAUUAGUAAAGGCUUUCGAGUUUUGCAAAAGCCUGAGCGAGCUCCCAUAAGAGCUCUGAGGGCUUCAUCUUCUGGGAGGUAUCUUCUCAUUCUGUUUCGUGAUGCUCCAGUUGAAGUAUGGGCGAUGACUAAAAGCCCUGUGAUGCUUAGAUCAUUAGCGCUUCCAUUCACUGUAAUAGAAUGGACCCUCCCAACUAUUCUAUGCUCAGUUCAAACCAGUCUUUCAAGACAGUUCUCGAUAUCCUCUAAACAGAAAACUGAUGCUACCCCUGAUGGAGCUCCUUCUCCUAAAACUUCAGACUCUAAAGCUGUUGGUGCUGAUGGAUACCAAGAUGAUGCUUCUGAGAGUUUUGCUUUUGCACUGGUAAAUGGUGCACUAGGAGUAUUCGAAGUUUAUGGGAGGAGAAUUCGAGAUUUCAGACCAAAAUGGCCAGCACCUUCGUUCAUAUCUUCCGAGGGAUUGAUUACUGCUAUGGCCUAUCGAUUACCUCAUGUUGUUACGGGUGAUAAGUUAGGGACCAUACGGUGGUGGGAUGUAACAACAGGAAACUCCUCCGCAUUUAACACUUACAGAGAAGGAAUCCGAAAUAUCAAAUUUUUGCCUUUUGUCGCUGAAGACGGUAGCAGAGGACGGGUUUCCGUGUUAUUUGAUGACAACUCAUUCUGCAUUCUUGAUCUCGAUUCCCCCGACCCAUCGGCCAUCUCUGUUUUGCAGCCUCAGUUUCCCGACACUCUCGUACUGCAAUUCGAUUGGUUGCCCUUGAGAACUGACAAAACCGAUCCACUUGUCUUGUGCAUUGCUGGAACAGAUAGCAGCUUUCGCAUGGUCGAGGUUCAUGUGAACGAGAAAAUGACUAGCCAAGUCUCCAAUCCGAAAGCUAGUAAGGAGAGAUUCCGUCCUCUGCCUUUAUGCACUCCUGUCCUACUCCCGAUACCUCAUGCUUUGGCAUUGCGGAUGAUAUUGCAAUUGGGUGUGAAACCAGCUUGGUUUAAUACUUCUAGCACGUGUAUCGAGAAACGACCUCAUUUCAUUCCCGGGAAAACUUCAUCUUCCAAAGAUCUUCGGACAUACAUGAUCGAUACUCCACCUGUCGGUGACCCUGCAGUGCUGGAAAUGUUACUUAAAGUAUUAGAACCAUAUCGUGCAGAAGGUUGUCUACUCGAUGAUGAGAAAGCCAAGUUGUAUUCUAGUCUGGUUAACAAGGGUUGUGCCGCUAGAUUUGCAUUUGCGGCUGCAAUUUUCGGGGAAGUCUCUGAAGCGCUUUUCUGGUUACAACUGCCUAAUGCUAUGAACCAUUUGAUGAACAAGUUAGCAAACAAGUCCCCGAAGAAGCUUUUUGCCUCGGCGUCGUAUUCGGAUUUUGACGAAACAGUUGUUUCCGGGAGAAUUACAUCGAAGGGAACAUCAACUUCAAGAACCGAAAAUAAUGGCUCGCUGUGCGCAGGUCAGAUCAGAACAAUGGCAUUCGAGCAAGAAGAGUUAUGGGAAUGUGCAAAUGAGCGUAUCCCGUGGCACGAGAAACUAGAAGGGGAAGAGGCUGUUCAAAACCGAGUACAUGAGCUUGUCUCAGUCGGAAACUUGGAAGCUGCAGUUAGCCUGUUACUGUCGACGUCUCCGGACAGCUCUUACUUCUAUCCAAACGCCCUUCGGGCAGUUGCUCUGUCUUCUACCGUCUCGAAAUCACUUCUCGAGCUUGCGGUGAAGGUAGUUGCAGCAAACAUGGUGAGAUCAGAUAGAUCGCUUUCGGGAAUUCAUCUCCUUUGCUCUGUCGGAAGAUAUCAAGAAGCAUGCUCCCAGCUUCAAGACUCUGGUUUCUGGACAGAUUCCGCAACAUUGGCCGCGACGCAUCUGAAGGGAUCUGACUACGCGAGGGUAUUACAAAGAUGGGCAGGGCACGUUUUGCACAAUGAACACAACGUCUGGAGGGGAGUGAUACUAUACGUAGCGGCGGGAGCGUUUCAGGAAGCUCUUGCAGCGGUUAGGGAACGUCAGAAUCCAGACACGUCAGCAAUGUUCGUCCUAGCCUGCAGGGAGAUCAACUCGGAGAUCUCGACCAGGUCUGGUGAGUCGGAGAACGAGUCACGAACUGAGUUGCUGAGCGAGUCGACGAGUAUUAUGUCAGGAUUGGAACAGAGCAGCGAAGAUGUGACGUCAGUGGUGGAAUGCUUUCAGCAGUACCAGAGGAAGCUCGUUCAUCUCUGUAUGGAUUCUCCGCCAUUUUCUGACUGAUUUUGUUUUUGGUUUAUAUGUAUUUGGUUCACAUGAUAAAUAUUUUUUUUGGAUUCUCAGCCAU